CACAGGUAUAUUUGUUGUGAGAAUAUUUCCACUUUUGAAGAAUAUAUCUAACCGGGGUAUCCUUUCAAUCUUGUUUUCAGUAGUUUUUAUAUCUCAAUAAAAAGAAAGGAUUUUGAACUUAUUCGAGCUGUGUGCCAUCUUGUUCAUCAUCAUCAUCUUUCAAGAAACAUCAGAUCUCAAUAGUAGAAGAUAUCAAAGAAUAAAGAGGAUCAAGUUCAAGUCUUUUUUUAUAUGGGUGUGGAUCAAUCAAUAUAAAGAUUUCAUGCUAUGAUUCUUGAUUGAAUAACGAAUAAAGCCAAGUUAGUUUUUUUUUUUUUGUCGAAAUCGAAAUGAAUAUGAGCAGCUCUGAUCUCAUUGAUGCAAAGCUUGAAGAGCAUCAAUUAUGUGGAUCCAAACAGUGUCCCGGUUGCGGUCAUAAACUCGAAGGAAAACCGGAUUGGGUUGGGCUACCAGCAGGAGUGAAGUUUGAUCCAAAUGAUCAAGAAUUGAUAGAGCAUCUUGAAGCAAAAGUUGAAGAUAAAAACUUGAAAUCUCACCCUUUGAUUGAUGAGUUCAUUCCUACUAUUGAAGGUGAAGAUGGGAUUUGUUAUACACAUCCAGAAAAACUCCCCGGAGUGACAAGAGAUGGAUUAAGUAGACACUUCUUUCAUCGACCUUCGAAAGCUUAUACCACCGGUACAAGAAAACGACGAAAAAUCCAGACGGAGUGCGAUCUCCAAGGCGGUGAAACGCGGUGGCAUAAAACGGGCAAGACCCGGCCAGUUAUGGUGAGUGGGAAGCAAAAAGGGUGCAAGAAAAUCUUGGUACUUUAUACCAACUUUGGGAAAAACCGGAAACCCGAAAAGACUAAUUGGGUAAUGCAUCAAUAUCAUCUCGGACAACACGAGGAGGAGAGGGAAGGCGAGCUUGUGGUAUCGAAAAUAUUUUACCAAACGCAACCAAGGCAGUGUAAUUGGUCCGAGAGAGCGAUCAACAACAACAUUGUAUCGAAUAAUAUUCAUAUUGAAUGCAUGAAUAAUGUUAGUAGAAGGGAAAGUAGAAGUGGAAGUGGGAGUUGUUCUUCUUCAAAAGAAAUAAAUGUUGCAACCCCAAUGAAUAAUGUUACUGGUCACAUGAACAUGAGAGAUGAACUUGUUGGCAAUGCUUUGACAAGUUACAAUCCAAUGGAUCAAAUGCAACAUUAUAAACAGUUUGAUCAAUUUAGCUUCGUGCCAUAUAGAAAAAGCUUCGGUGAGGUGGUAACAACAGCAGGAGAGGCUUCUACCACGUGCGAUGAGCGUGACCUGCAAAAGCAACACCAGCAGAUGAACCUUGACCUUGACCAGGAUCAACAACAUUAUCCACAUCAGCACCAGUUCCAUGUCAGCAGACCGUCUAACGCCAUGUCAGCAAUCGUCACUCCUCCUUUGAAUCACACCUCAGUUGUCCUUGAUGAUGACUCCUUCCAUGUCUCUAGGAUCAUUGAAAGUUUUCAACAACAGCAGCAUCAUAAGAUAGUUGGAAGAUCGGCAUCAGGAUUGGAUGAAGUGAUAAUGGGGUGCACUCCAUCAUCAGCAACCGAUGUCAAAGAACAGGAGUGUUCCAUAACAAAUCCUCAAGAAACAGACUGGUUGAAGUACUCUACCUAUUGGCCUGAUCCUGAUCACCAUGUCUAGAAUCCAGCAUUCAAAUGAUACAUACAUACAUAUAUAAACGUAUCUGUGUGUAUAUGUACACACAUGUGAAUCCAAAUAAGGACCCUAAAAUAUUUAUAAACUACUGUAAAUCAUUUUAUUCAUAUGUGAAUACAUGUGUUCACGUAAGAAUACACUAUAUUUAUUAAUACAGUGUAUUCAUUUUGUGAAACUGUUAAAAACUA